AUGGCUGGACUCUACCGCAACACCAUCGAAGCGAUGCUCUACACUCCUGUCACCGCUCCGAAAAAGAAGAGUUUUGAGGACGAGGUUCUCACUGGAUCCAGAAAAGUCUCCAAACUGUUGAAUAAGUUUGAGACGGGACAUCUGGAUAUCACGGUGGAGGAGGUGUCUGAGAUUCAUGGAGAAUCGGAGAAUUCCGAAGAGGAGUGGGAUCUGGAUGACACAAUUUUUGAUGAGGAUGAGGCUUGUGAAGACGUGCCACCAGUCCCCAAACCAAGAACCACUUUCCUCACCUCCACACCAAAGAAAAAGGAGACACCUCUUCCGGAGACACCGAUUCUCGGUCGAAAUGGUCGUCAAACAUUUUGUGAUGGAUACACCGAUCUCCGCACAAAGUUCGAUCGGAUGGAUCUAGAAUAUCGUACUCCAGAAGUCACUAGACAGAAGACAAUUGGAGUAACCAAUGUGAGAAGUACCACAACAGUCAGCCACCAGUUCGCUAAGGAGAUCAGAGAUGAAGUCCACGAGAAGUUCUUGAAAUACUUCAAAUGGAGCAAUGAGAUUCUCCGUACCAUUGCCAUCCACGUCUCGGAGCUUCGUCUCGACGUUCUCUCCAGAAUCCCAAUCGACGAACAAGACGAGAAUGUUAUCUGCAUGAAGAAGAUCUACAAGAUGUGUAUGAAAGGAAAUCAUAACAAGGAAUUGGAUGCUUUGUGCUCGGCACUUUUCGAUUUGCUUGACGAUAGGAUUCAGAUGAAGACGUUGUCGAUUCAUGAGGAGUAUGUGGUGUUCAAGUACAACAGGAAAGCAUGA